AUGGCGGCGGCGGCGGCGGCAUCUGGGUUGGCGACUGAGGCGGAUGAGUUCGAGGACGCACCAGACGUGGAGCCGCUGGAGCCGACACUGAGUAACAUCAUCGAGCAGCGGAGCCUGAAAUGGAUUUUCGUCGGAGGGAAGGGUGGCGUUGGCAAGACCACCUGCAGGUGGGUUGGUCAGGGAGAUGUCGUUGGGAAGGAUGGCAGACAUUGCCGCCUCCGCCUUUCUCUCUCCUUGGCAGCUGCUGCUGUGCCUUUUCAGGAGCUGUGUGACAGGCAGAAACCCAGCAAGCGCAGCUUUCAUGCCGCUGAACCUCUGCUGGCAAAAGCUCUACCUGUUGAACGUCCGCAUCUCAUUAAGCUAUGGAGAAUAGUGACUUAUUAGGCAAGCGAAUUGUAUGCACCUUCAUGCCACUGUAUGUAAAUAUCAUGGGAUUUGGGGCACCCUGCUUCAGAUGCGAGACUGGAUGAAACUGAGCAGAAGCAUAGGGGUUGGGUGCCUUCCUUUUUCAGAUUCAUAUUUUGACAGUGGUCAUUUACGCCUUCGUAAUCUCAAGACUAAGUAUUUGAAGCUGCUUUUAUGUGUGGUUGUCCUUGAUGACUGAAAGCUUCAUUUAGAGCAGAAUGCAUUUUCAGACAAAUUCUGAAGAAUGUAAUUGUUCUGGUACUUGGACUGAACCCUCACUGCCUUCUAGGCAUAGCUUUAUCUUGUAAACCCCCAAAUGUCUUGGAUUAACUUAAUUUGUAUCUUGCCUACUUCCUUGUGCAACUCUGCCAACAAUACCUUCUUGAUUAUAUUAGCAUUGCUGUUGUGGAAUAACCUUGUAGUGGUAGGUUUCCCAUUGUGCAAUGCCUUUUCUUCAUAAAGAUUUUUAAAAUUGUAGAUCAGAACUUAAAACACUAUUAGAGGCUAUUAAAUUUGGCUGGGGUGUGUCUGUGUGUUGGAUUUUGAUGUCUAGGGUUAAACCUUUUAAAGUGUGGGCUUUCAAUAUAUUCUAGAUUUACUUUGUGGUGACUCAUAAUAAACUCAUUAAUAUAUUAUUUGGCCUGUUUUUUUGCGGGGGGCGGAGGUAACCUGUCUUGAAAGAGAGGGGUAUCACAAGUUAAAUAACUGAAGCUGUCAUUCUGUGCACGCUUACUCAGGAGUGAGCUGUUUUGCUAAGCCAAUGUGCAUAUGAUUUGGCUGCUUCUGAGUAGCUACUUGUCUGUGACAAGUAAGCACCUCCAUAGAGAAGCAAAGUUGGAAGUCUUUGGAUCAUAAUUUCUUAGGGUGGACAAAUCCAAACAGACCUACUAAGACUGUGAUAGCUGAAGAGCUUAUGUUCUAUGUUUGUAUGUAUUUCCUUUUGUGAUGUUAAUAACUGCACAUUGCUUUACUUCCUGAAUCUAGCUGCAGCCUGGCUGUGCAGCUGUCCAAAGUGCGGGAGAGCGUCCUCAUCAUCUCCACCGAUCCUGCUCAUAACAUAUCAGAUGCUUUCGACCAGAAAUUUUCAAAAGUCCCCACCAAAGUAAAGGGCUAUGAUAACCUUUUUGCCAUGGUGAGUGUUCCUCUGAAGGGACUGGGUAGUAUUGAGCAAAAAAAAAAAAAGGUUCUUACUACAUAUAGGAAAAGAUCAGGCAGGGGGUGAAAACAUUCUUUUUUAUGAUCUUGCUCUUUCACACUGAAUAGAUUAUGAUAUGUAGCAAUAAGGCAAGUAAACCAACUGAAGUUUUCCUCCAAAAUGUCUGUGUCUUGGACUGUGAGGAGAUGAUCGUAUAUUUUGUUUAACUGGUUUCUCUUCGUUGUAUUUUAAGUGAUGUGACUAAUGUAGUGGUUUGUAACCUCGAGAAUUUAUCUGUAACUUAGACUUGCAUUCUAUAAAAUUAUGAAUGAAAUAAAUUCCAUCAGCAGCAAUAUACAUAAACAGCUAGUGUUUCAUGGGCAAGUAUCAAACUUACAGCAGCCUUUAGUAGAAACAGUUGAAAAAAUAUUUUCUAUCAAAUAACCUGUGAUCAGCAUAACAUGUGACAAUACAUUGACACAUACAAAUAAAUGCUUCCAAAACAAGACCCUCUGCAUAUGACACUUUGUAUCUGUAAGUUGCAGGUUAGCACUAAGUCUGUGUGGGAAGUUGUAAUGCCCACAGGAAUUCACACUGGGCUAUGAGAACACCCUAAUUAUUUGUUUCUUUUCAAACCAACAUUUAUCAUAAUCUUCAGGGAAGACAAAUGUCAGGGAAAUCUCCCCGACCUUUUUUUAAAAGGAUUUUAUAUGCAAUUACUAUAUAGUGGUAUUUCUGGUUGUGAACGGGAUCCGUUCUGGAGGCCCAUUCGCAACAUGAAAAGAACUCAACCCGCAGCGGUGAGUCUGCACAUGCGCGGGUUGCAAUUCGCUGCUUCUGUGCAUGUGCAUGGCAUCGUUUUGCGUGUCUGCGCAUGCGCAAGUGGCAAAACCCGGAAGUACCCUAAAUUUAGGGAAGUACCCUAAAUUGUCCAAUGUUGACAACAAAUAGUGCUGAUUGUAUGCCUUUUACUGGAUUUACAUUUUCAAACAUCUUGAGGUUAUUUUCUUUUUCCUCCAUGUAUUCCGCAACGACAAGCAUAAAAAUAGCCUCAAAUUACAAAGAAAUCAGUUAUUUGUGGUGUUACUUUUAACUGUGAGUUGACAUGGUGAGCAUUAGUUUGAAAGCCUCUUUGACUGGACAUUGAAAGAAUUGUUCUACAAAUCGGGGGUUUUAGCUCUGUUUUAAACAUCAUGUUUCUUUUUGAAUGGCUGAAUGACUCUGCUUUUGUUUUAUGAAAAGUGGUGCUGAUCCUUCUAUUUAUUUCUCAGGAGAUUGAUCCCAGCCUAGGUGUGGCUGAACUUCCAGAUGAGUUCUUUGAGGAGGAUAACAUGCUGAGUAUGGGCAAGAAGAUGAUGCAAGAGGCUAUGAGUGCCUUUCCUGGCAUUGAUGAGGCCAUGAGCUACGCAGAAGUUAUGCGGUAAGAACUGUGGCCUGGAUCAUCAAGCCUUCUAACCUUUUCUAGCCUGUGGGAGGCUUAUUUAUUUAUUAUUUCAUAAAAUUUAUACACCGCUUGAUUGUGGGUUAAAAAACAAACCAACCUCAAAGCGGUUUUUGGGUUGAGAAGCAGAAGACCAGACUUCAAAGGUAUUUUACUGUGUUCACCAUUAUGAAGUUUGGGUUAGCCAGAGGUAUCCCAAGCCUAAUGGUUUAGCCAUUAGGAUAGUCCAGCAUAGUAACUGAGUAUGCUUUGCACAAGGCCAGAGUUAUUAUAUUAUUUGUGGUUUGUAUCCAACUAAGUAGGCUCCCUGUAAUAAUAGUAAUAAUAAUAAUAAUAAUAAUUUAAUUUAUUUAUAUGCUGUCCAUCUGACUUGGCUUACCCCAGCCACUCUGGGUGGCUUCCAACAAAUAUAAAAGCGCAAUAAAACAUUAAAUACUUUACUAUACAGGGCCAGUGUUAGAAACAGAGAUACGAAAGCUGGGAGCUAAAUGGCACCUUAAACCUAGGUUAUGGGCACAACAACAGAAUGUGUGAUACCUUCGGGUAUAGGGCGGUAUAGAAAAUAAUAAUAAUACUACACUUUUUAAAUAACAGAAAUACAAAUCUGAAAAUGAAUGAACUGCAGCUAAAGUAUUAUGUUCAUUUUUCCCAUGAUCUAGUCCUUCCCCUGCCCAUCCCUCUAAUAUUAUUAAGAGGGUCUCUUCUCCAGUCUUCGAAGAGUAGCUGGAAGUGGGAAGGCUGAAAAAGGUCCUCCUUUCCUUCUACUCUUUAGUUUUAAUCUGAAAUCUUAGACGCAGUAUUGCACCCAGAGCUCAGAAACUGCUCACCCUAAUGAAAUCCCUGUCGCAAAAUGUGCCUAGAACAAUGGGAGUUUUGAACACUGUAUGGGGCUGACUUGUUGUUGUUUAAAUAAGUAGGCUCACCUAAGUUAGCCAUGACCAUUAAUUUAAAUGACUCUUAAUCGUGAGUAUGGCUAAUGUUGGAUUCAACCUUUUGUGAUUUAUGCGUCAUUUUUUGCACUGGACAAAUUUGUGCACCAAAGUUCCAUAACAUCCAUUGUUGCAUGAUAUGGAUUCCACAUACAAAGUUUUCGUUCACAGAGCAAAGAAAGCACUAGCAUUAAGUGAACCUUAGAGUGUACUGUAUAUGUAUGCUGGGGAAGGUCAGUAUAAAGAAAGAGGUGACUAUUUCUAACUGCUCCAGCUGAUGGUUCUUUCUCUGGCCUGCACAGGUUGGUGAAAGGGAUGAAUUUCUCCGUGGUAGUGUUUGACACAGCACCCACUGGGCACACACUACGGUUGCUCAAUUUCCCCACCAUCGUGGAGCGGGGGCUAGGCCGCUUGAUGCAGAUAAAGAACCAGAUCAGUCCCUUCAUAUCACAGGUAAAAUGGGAGAGGAGCCAGAAAAAUGAGGCGUUCCUGGAAAAAAGACCAUGCCAGACAUCUUUUUAAAAAUUUCCACCAUGUGGCACUUUGCAAGUUUUUGCAUGGACCCCAGUAUUAUUCUUGCAACACUCAGGAGCAACAUGAAAUAAUCUAUUUGAUUUGUUGGGUUGCUUGCAGGACACAGUUGCACUUAUUGCUCUUGGAGUAUUGGGCUUUGUCACUCUGAGUUGAGCUGAUAAGCAGGUUUUGCUUAUUCCCUCCUCUGUUGCUUGCAGGACAUGUAGGGGUGACUUGUUGUCUGUUAAUAGAAAUCUCUCAUUGCAACUCCCUCUCUGUUAUUCACUAGAUGUGCAACAUGCUUGGCCUGGGAGACAUGAAUGCUGACCAGCUGGCCUCCAAGCUGGAGGAGACCCUCCCUGUCAUCCGCUCAGUCAGUGAGCAGUUCAAGGAUCCGGCAAGUAUUCUGCAGAGAUGAGGGGUUUGGGGGGGGUGAUGCUUCACCUUUGGCAAAGGUGAAUUUGGAAUGUAUAGUAAGAUGAAACAUGCUUACAUUUGUGACUGCUUCAUUAGAUUUAACAUUAAUUAAUUCAGUAAGCUAUUUUUAUAUACUUGUUUUUUAUAAUUUUGCAAAACUUUUUAAAUUGUCUUCUCAAAUGUAAUAUUCAUUUUCAGUCCAUUCAAUAGUUGCAGUCUUCCAGAUGAUAUUAGUUCAUUAGAAUGAUCAGGCUAAAGAUGACUUCUCUCAUAGCAUAAUAUUCUAUCAAGUAAUGAAAAAGAACACUGAAAUGUAGCUGGUUAAUGUUUGUAAGUAGCCAGAGAUCAAUUUCUGCUUAGUUCAUUCCAUGAAACGGCAACAAGGUCAGGUCAGGUCAAAAUGAAUGUUGUUUAAAUCUAGACAGGGGCCAUGUUUGCAUGUAAUGAUAAGCCAGACUUUCUUCCAUUCUGUGCGCAUGAUAAACAGAUUGAAGACUUGGCUUCCUUCCUACAUCUGAACCAGGAAUCAUGGUUUGUUGCUCUCUAAUAAGCCAUGAUCAGCAAGUCAGCAACAAACUAUGUUCCAUGAUAGGGUGACUUGAGUUUCUCUCACAUAGGCUGGGCGUAUUUGUGUUCCAGUCGUGACAACAAGGUAACAAACAAACAAACAAACAAACAAACAGAGUUCACCCAUUACUACAGAAUCUCAUCCUUUGUAUUUAUAGAAUCAUAGAAUUGUAGAGCUGGAAGGGAUCCCGAGUCAUCCAGUCCAACGUCCUGCAAUACAGGAAUUUCUGCUAAAGCAUCCAUGACAGAUGACUGUCCAGCCUCUGUUUUAAAACCUCCAGUGAAGGAGAGUCCACCACCUUCCAGUGGAAAGUUCUUCCUGAUGUUUAGUCGGAAUCUCCUUUCUUGUAACUUGAAUCCAUUGCUCCAUCUUCCAUGUGACAGCCCUUUACAUAUUUGAAGAUGUAAAUGGUAUUAUGAUAUAUGGUAGUAUGUCUCCGGUGCUAAAUUUAUCUAGAGGCCUCUGUGUUGCCACCCACAACUAUUCUGUGGGAGAGUUUGCCCCUUUCCGGCUUUUUGGACUCUAUACCCUCUUUAAUGUGCAGAGCAUGACCACUUCCAGUAUACCCUUUCCUGUCCUCCUUAUAGAAUUUGAAUUCUAAGAUAACCACAUCUCACUGGUUGUUUCCAUUCAACCAGGUUUCCAUUAUGCCAACAACACAUAUGCUCUCUCUUUAAGCUCACAAAUCUUGGCUCUUCCUGCAAGGAGCUUAUAAUACAAUUUUGACAGUAGGGGGAGUCCGUGCAUGACUGCAAGCAAAUGUAGUAAACUUAAGUUUUAUUUGUAGAGCAGGGUUAUCGCUUGGUAAUCCUUAUUUACUGUCAUUGUCCAUUUGGCGUGUAGUUUGCUUGCCUCCAAAGUUCAGAUGUCAAAAUAACCUAGGUUCUGGCUUAUUUUGCAGCAGGAGCAGGGAAGGUGUGGAGCAAUAAAUAUGCAUGCUGCAUAUUUUGAUUAAACCAUAGUUUGUUCUAAUAUAAUGUUCAAACCAGGCCAGGGCAUCCAGAUACUUUUCCUGAUCUUUCCAAUUGUAGCAGCAAUCUAUUUGAAAAUAGAAUCUUCCAGUUAGAGUGAAGUUGCUACGUGCCGAAAAGAAUGAGACCUGAAGUGGGGAUUUUCUGACCCAACUUGGAUUGGGGCUGGAUCAGGAAGACCUUCGGGGGGGGGGGAGCAUGUCACAUACACAAGUCUCCACAGCACUGACAAGUCUACAUUUUGCAAGUGUUUUCCAUUCAUGGCAGCUCCUCUGCUAAUGUACAUUUACACUGACAGGAAACAGCUGGUACUGGCUGGAGUGAUUUUUGGAAUUGCUGGGGGUGAGGAGUUCAACUUUGGUACAGUCGUACCUCAGAGGUCGAACGCCUUGCGAGAUGAACAUUUUGGCUCCCGAACUCUGCAAACCCAGAAGUGAUUGUUUCAGUUUGCGAAUGUUCUUUGGAACCCAAACGUCUGUCACAGCUUCUGAUUGGCUGCAGGAGCUUCCUGCAGCCAAUUAGAAGCUGUACCUUGAUUCCAGAAGAUUUUGAAAGUCAAGCGGACUUCCAGCACGGAUUCCGUUCGACUUCCAAGGUACAACUGUAUUAGCAUAUUAGUUUAUUCUUUAUUAAGCCCCAGUGGCGUAGCAUGGGUUGUCAGCACCCGGGGCAAGGCAAGUAAUUUGCGCCCCCUAACCCCUAACCUGCCGCUGCUGCCUGGUCUGGUCUGGUGUGGUUCUCUCCCGCGCUCAGCGCUGCGCUGGGCGGCCGCUGCACUGUCCCUCCCCCAGAUAGUCCCUCGCUCUCUCUCCGCACCGCACGCCUGGCACCCACCCCCUCCACAGUGGGCGGCGACCCAGCGGCUCGGAUCGGAUUCGCACAGCCAGCACUGCAGUGAGAGAGAGUGAGUGAGCCAGGUAGGGGCAGAGAGCUGCGAGUGCGAGCACGCCCCCCCAGAUGUUGCGCCCGGUGCGGCCGGCCCCCCCUGCACCCCCCACGCUACGCCACUGUUAAGCCCACAGUCUGCUUCAUUCAGAUCCUGGGAGACCAAGUAAUAUGUCUAAGCCAGUCAGUCACCCUGGUGGUAUUUUUUUUUUUUUUUUGCAGGGUAUGUGCUUUGUUUUCUGGCUUUGGGUUGCUGAGUAUUGGCUGUAGUUUCAGAGGGAAACCUAAAGAGAUAGAAACAUAAAUCUUAAACAGUUGUUCAACUUGUGAAUCUCAGCUAUUGGAAGCUAUUGCAUACUAUUACUACACUGGUUCUUGUGCAUUCUUAUGUGACCAAUGUGCUCCACGGCUGCUAUAACAGCUGAUAUGGUAAAGGAGCAGGAAUGAAGGGAUUGCAUGCCUCCUGGCUCUCUUUUUGCCCCAAAGGCAUAGAAGAACAUUGUGUUUCUCUUGCAAAAUGUUGCAAAUCUCAUUGUGUUGUAAACUGCUCUAGUUAUACCCCUGUGAACAUUACACUUUCUUACUAGACUCUUGCUCAGAGUAAUUUUUUUUUUAAAUUAAACUUUAUAACAUUUAAUAAAGGAAGUGAAGUAAAAAUCGGGACAAAAUGAGAAGCGGUGGGUAGCGGGGUCCCACCAGCUCACAUUUUUUCUAGCUUAGAGGAAUAAUAAUAAUAAAGCUUUGUCUCCCAGCUGUUAGCUGAACAAACUUUCACCAUUGGCCAUAUGGGCAGGUAGGGAGUUGUCGACAACAGAUGAGUUAUUUGAUGCAGGAAUGCUGCAUUGGAUCUUCAUGUUUUGACUGAAGGAUAGAAUAGGCCAGCAGGCAUCUCUAGUAAUAGAAGCGUUCCUUAACUUUUGAAAACAUUAUUUGCAAAUCCAGGUGUGGCUAUAAUUGUCAGGACUUUUGCCUGCCAACCACCCUGUUUCUAAUUGGUUGGAAUGUAUCUUGUAAAGAUGGGCAAGGGUUUUGAAGGAAACGGGAUGGAACAUGACUUUAGGGAGCUAUUUGUAGGGCACUGAGGUGGGCAUGUCAGCCUUGUCCUUUGUAUUGUUUGCAUGUUAGAGUAGUUAAAGGCUGGGUUUCUGCAUUUAAUUGUCCAUUUUGCUAUUAAUUAUGCGAGUGUGGGUGUUCCUUAGGCAAAGUAUUGUGACCAAGUCUAGCAACAAUCGGGCAGAGACAAAGAAUUUAACCGUGCAACUAGCCACUUCGCUGGUCACCUCAAGUGAGUGAUUGCCUUAAAUGGCCAGGUGAAUUUCCAGUCUUCUACUGGAGACUGGGGGCAGGAUUCAGCUAAUAAGUCCCACAAGUGGAAGCCCUAACAAAUAUUUGCCCUAAUUUAACAGUGCUCCCCCCCCCUUUGCAGCCCCAGAAUUGCACAUGGGGUGGAGAGAGAGGGGAUUGUUCUGUCUGGCAGGCUGAAAUGCUUGAGCUGGCAAAACAUUUGCCAUAGAGCUGCGUUGAAUUCCUCCCUGUGUGCUAUGGGUUGCUCCUGCCUUUAAGCUAAAACUCUUAAGGCUGGAAGAAGAGGCAGCCUCAUAAACAUAUUCUAGUCACUCUUCGUUCCUUUCUGUCCUUCUAGCAGGUGGAGGAACUGAAAGAAUAUGGGGGCUAGCAGCCUCUUUGGGUGCUUUCCCCCUUUGUCUGGCUCCUGGUGGAGCUGCACUGGCUCCCAGUGGAGUACAGGAUCAGGUUUAAGGUGCUGGUUUUAACCCUUAAAGCCCUAUACGGCCUAGGACCCUCGUACCUACGGGACCAUCUCUCCUGGUAUGUCCCACAGAGGACCUUACGGUCUGUAAAUAACAACACCCUGAAGAUUCUGGGCCCCAGGGAGAUUAGACUGGCCUCGACCAGAGCCAGGGCCUUUUGGGCUGUGGCCCCGGCCUAGUGGGACGCUCUCACAAGAGACCAGGGCCCUGCAAGAUUUGACAUCCUUCCGCAGGGCCUGCAAGAUGGAGCUUUUCCACCAGGCCUUUGUUCAGGGUUCAGUCUGACUCAUUUUCUGUUUGUAUGAGAACAAGCACGAAGGAGGUUUCCCAGCCCGCUCACGGGUCCUUAUAAUAUCAGUGGAAACAGUUGGUCCUGGCGAGUAUUAACCGCUUUCAGUUUUAACCUGAGGGUUGUCAUUUGUCCAGUUUUAAUUUUAAUUUAUUUUAAUUAAUUUUGGGAUGCAUUUUAAUCAAUUGAUUGCUUGUUUUUAUGCAUAUUGUAUUAUUUAUAUGAUGUUAGCUGCUCUGAGCCCGGCUCUAGCCGGGGAGGGCGGGGUACAAAUAAAAAGUUGUUGUUAUUAUUAUUAUUAUUAUUAUCUGAGCUAAGAAACAAGGCAGGGUGCAUAAGUGCUGUGUCUCCUUCUUCUGUGCCUAUCCUAGAUAAGCAAGGAAGUUACCAGCUGCCCAAGUGCCCUACACUAGACACUGCAGCCAUUCUUCUCGACCAUGCUGGUGAAAGGAUAGUUCCAGAUUCUGUAGACGUGAUCUGUGUGCCUUCUGAACUUAACUGGAAAAGAUGGGAUUGCAAUGGCUGAUCCCCUGUACCCAGAGAUAGACGUGACACAUGGUGUGGACUAUGUGAACAGGUGUUCAGGUGGCAGAUAACCUGAGGACAAGUGGCCAUAUUGCUUCCUGAGGGGCAACAGCUUUUGUUGCUUUGCCCUCUGGCCUUAUUCCUCUAAAAAAACCAUGGUGGUGGAAGGAAUGUAGAAGCUGAGAAUUUAAGGUGGAAACAGGGACUGUGGGGGAGACAGCAGCACACAGGUGACUCCCAGGGAUGGGAGACCAGCUCCUACAAUUUUAUUUGCAUUUGUGAACCAAUGGCACUUUAUCCCCUCCCCAGGAACAAACAACAUUCAUCUGUGUUUGUAUUGCCGAGUUCCUGUCCCUGUAUGAAACAGAGCGGCUCAUCCAGGAGUUGGCCAAGUGCAAGAUCGACACCCACAAUAUCAUAGUCAAUCAGUUGGUCUUCCCUGACCCAGAGAAGCCCUGCAAGAUGUGUGAGGCCCGGCACAAAAUCCAGUCCAAAUACCUUGACCAGGUAUGGCUAGAGACUGUUCAGAUUUUUCAGUGUCCAUUUUGGGGAAGUGGCAGCAGUCAGGCACCAAUCUAAGCCUGGGGAUCUGCUUUAUAUUGAUUUAGCCCACUGGUCCAUCUUGUCUGAUCCUAAUAUUGUCUACUUGGACUGUUAAGGUCUCUGAUUUGCAUACCUAACUUUACAACUCCCAGCCCUUUUGGUCAAUAUUACUUUAAACUUCUGAAUGGUUGAAGUUUGCUAUUCUACUUUUACCUUCGGCUUCAGAAUUCCUGUCUCCCAGCAUUCCCCUUUCCAUUGCCACGGCAAGUGUUUAGCUUUUCUAGAGGGGUGCAAAUAUCCAAGUGAACAGUAGCCACUGGCAGUUUAAGAAAUGGGUCCUGCAACUGGCUUGCUGUAGAAGGCAGGAAGCGGGUCUCCUCCAUAUGUGCUGCUCUUUGUGGAAUCUGGCCUUCAGGUGGAAAUGUGGAAUUUUUCUCUUCUAUAACUUUUAUCUCUGUUCAGUCCAACCUCACUAUUAUUAUUCUUUGAAAAUGAAAGGGAAUGUUUACUAGUAAACUGAGUAGUUUUUGUCCAGGGAAAAUAUGCAGACCUUCCCCAAUGCCUCCACAGACAGGCUUCACUUUUCUCUGCCAUUUUGUUGCUUCUGCUUCUUCUGUAUUCCAUUUUGCUUUUUCUACACUCUCCUUUUCUUUCCCUUUGAAUGAUCUUUGCAGCCUUUGUAUCCAUCCACCUCUUUCUAAUCAUGGUAUCCUUUUUCUGUGACUUCCACCCUUGCUAUCUCUUCAUUCAUUACUCAGCCUGAAAAGUUGUGGGGAUGUUUUAUACAUUUUUCUUGGGCCAAAACCUCCAUUUCCCACUCCAGUUGUCCUAUUGCCUCUUCAGUACUAUGUACUCUGUUUUUCUUUCUGCCACUUGUGCCUUUUCCAUGUGUCCUUCCUUUCUUCACUCAGUAAACCAAGGGAUGGUUAAUCUGUACCAGGUCUUCCAAGGGCCCAGCUGUAAAGCUGUUCAAAAUUAGUUUAAGAUUGCCAUUAGACUGCAAGAGGAUUACUUUUCUUAGUGCUGUUGCGAAGAGGGUCUUCCAAAGUCAACAGAGCACACUUUCCAACCAAGCAGGGAACUGCUGCUGAGAUUCUUCCAUCUUGAUUCCCAAUAAGAAGUUUGUAAUUGUUAGAUGCUCCUUUUGAUUUGUCUUUCUUUUCCUCCUCCAGAUGGAAGACCUCUAUGAAGACUUUCACAUUGUAAAGCUGCCACUCUUGCCCCAUGAAGUGCGAGGGGCUGAUAAAGUCAACACCUUUUCAAGUCUGCUACUGGAGCCCUACAAGCCACCCAGUGCAAAAUGA